AUGGCCAACAAACAAUGGACCAAUCAAACAUCCAUCACUACUUUCAUCCUUCUGGGAUUCAGCAACUUGCAUCAGUUCCAGACUAUUUCCCUUGGCGAAUGUGUCACGAAGCUGUUGCUAUACAGUGGUUUGGGUUGCAAUGAAUGCUUACUCCUUGCCAUCAUGGCAUUUGACCGUUACAUAGCCAUCUGCAAACCACUCAACUAUAGAGUCAUUAUGAGCUUCAAGGUCUGCUUCCAGCUAGCAGCUGCCUCCUCGCUCACUGGCCUUUCUGUGUCUUCCUUAGCAGUCGGGAUGGUGUCCACAUUCGAUUUCUGUGGUCCCAAUGAAAUCGACCAUUUUGUUUGCGACAUGGACCAGCUGUCCAAACUCUCCUGCAGGAAGAGCAUACUGGCAGAGAUGACCGUCCUUGUCUCCUGCUCUAUUGUGACCCUGGGACCUUUUGUAUUCAUUAUCAUCUCUUAUUUGUAUAUCCUGUUGGCCAUCUUGAGAAUCACCUCAUCUGCAGGCAGGCAAAAGGCCUUCUCAACCUGCGCUUCCCACCUCGUAGUGGUGAGCUUGUACUAUGGGACAAUCGUUAUCAUGUAUGUGAUACCAACAAAAAAUCAAUCCCCAGACUUCCAUAAAGCAAUCUCUCUUGUGUACACAGUUGUUACCCCGAUGUUUGAUCCCAUCAUAUACAGCCUCCGGAACAAAGAAGUAAAAGGAGCAUUCAAGAAACUUCUGUUGCAUAAUUUAGGGGGCUCACGGGGCUCCUUCGCACACUAUGAGUGA